CGGCGGCGGCGGCGGUAGGAGCGGCGGAGAUCCGCCCCGAGACGGCGCCCCCCUGCUGUGAGGCCGACGGCAGCACCAUGAGGGAGAACUUCGACGCCCUGCUGGCCCUGGGUGUUCCCAUCGCCAAACCGGAGCCGGUGCCGCAGGCGGAGGAGCUGUGUGCCGGGGCACAGCUGGAGGACGGCGAGGCACCUGGAUGUGCCGGCUCAGCGAGGCUGCUGGUGCCCAAGGAGGAGGUGCUGCCCGAGGGCGAUGCCGAUGGCAGCAGCACCACAGGUGCCACGCAGGGGCCCGAGCUCGGCUGCUCAGAGGACUGGCUGGUGCGGAAGGUGAAGGUGGAGGAAGAGGAUGAGGAGUGGGCGGCCGGGCUGGGCGCUGAGGCUCUGUUGGCGGGGCAGCCCCCGGGCAGCGCCUGCAAGCCGGAGCCGAUGGAGGAGCCGGAGCUGCCGGAAGAGCCGGGGGAGCUGGGCUACGGCACGCUGCCCGCCUUCGCGUGGCCGCUGCUGGGCGAGGGUCCGGCCGGCGCCUGCCAACACUGCUGCUGCGCGGCGCAGUGCGGGCAGUGCGUGCCCCCGGCCCCCGCCCCGCCGCGGCCCUUCGCCUGCGCGCAGUGCGGGAAGGGCUUCGGCAAGAAGGCGCACCUGACGCGGCACCUGCGGGUGCACACGGGCGAGCGGCCCUAUCCCUGCGCGCAGUGCGGCCGCCGCUUCCGCCAGAAGAUCCACCUGCGCUCGCACCAGAAGACGCACACGGGCGAGCGGCCGUUCCCCUGCUCCGAGUGCGGGCGGCGCUUCCGCAAGAAGACGCACCUGGUGCGGCACCUGCGCACCCACACGGGCGAGCGGCCCUUCGCCUGCGCGCUCUGCGGCCGCGGCUUCGCCCACAAGCAGCACCUGCUGCGGCACCAACGCCUGCACGCCGAGCCGCCCGCUGAUGCCGACGCCGACGCCGACGCCGACGCCGAGCCGCCCGCCGACGAGAAGCCCUUCCCCUGCCCCGAGUGCGGGAAGAGCUUCAGCUGGAAGAAGAACCUGACGUCGCACCGCCGGCUGCACCUGGAGGGGCGGCCCUUCGCCUGCGCCGAGUGCGGCCGCGGCUUCAGCGACAAGCGGCACCUGACGGCGCACCUGCGCGGGCACAUGGGGCUGAAGCCGUACGCCUGCCCGCACUGCGACAAGACCUUCAGCCACAAGCCCAACCUGGCCACGCACCAGCGCACGCACACGGGCGAGCGGCCCUUCGCCUGCCCCGACUGCGGCCGCGGCUUCGCCCACAACCAGCACCUGCUGCGGCACCUGCGCGUGCACACGGGCGAGCGGCCCUUCGCCUGCCCGCAGUGCGGGCGCUGCUUCAGCUCCCGGCCCAACCUCAUCGCCCACACCAAGGCGCACGCGGGCGCGCGCCCCUUCGCCUGCGAGCAGUGCGGCCGCGGCUUCAGCCGCAAGUCCCACCUGGCGCGGCACCAGGCGGUGCACACCGGCACGCGGCCCUACGGCUGCUCCCAGUGCGCUAAGCGCUUCAGCUCCAAGACCAACCUGGUGCGGCACCAGGCCGUGCACACCGGCCACCGGCCCUACAUCUGCACCCAGUGCGGCAAGAGCUUCAGCCGCAAAACCCACCUGCUGCGCCACGAGCGCACCCACAGCACCCUUGGCAAUGGCCCCUUCCGCUGUGCCCAGUGCGGGAAGGGCUUCCGCCAGAAGCAGAGCCUCAUCACUCACGAGAGGAUCCACACCGGGGAGAAACCCUACAGGUGCGGGGAUUGCGGGAAGAGCUUCAGCCAGCGCCCCAACCUGCUGACCCACCGCCGCGUGCAUACUGGGGAGCGGCCCUUCCCCUGCACGCAGUGCGGCAAGAGCUUCAGCCAGAAGGCCAACCUCCUGGCCCACCAGCGCAUCCACGCCGACGACACCCCCUUUGUGUGCCCCGAAUGUGGGAAGAGCUUCCGCCAGAAGCCCAACCUCAUCACGCACCGGCGCAUCCACACGGGCGAGCGGCCCUUCACCUGCUUCCUGUGUGGCAGGAGCUUCAACCAGAAGACCAACCUGGUGACGCACUACCGCGUGCACACCGGCGAGCGCCCCUUCGCCUGCACCCAGUGCGGCAAGCGCUUCACGCAGAAAACCAACCUCGUGACGCACCAGAGCACCCACACUGAUGUCCGCCCCUACCCCUGCGGGCAGUGCCAGAAGUGCUUCAAGGACAAGGUGUCCCUCAAAGCCCACCAGAAGACGCACGCCCCACGCCAGCGGAGGUGCCCGGGCCGGGGUCCGGCUCCCACCCUACCCUUCGGGGCUGCACCCACACUGCUGCAGCCAGGCAGCCUGGAGCAGGAGGCUCCUUUCAGCUCCAUGCCGCCGCUGCCCGUUCAGAAGAUCCCCGAAGGCCAGGAGCUGUACUCGUGCACGGAAAAGGGCUUCCCCUCGAAGGAGCAGCUGCUGCCCACGCAGCAGGCCCAUCUAGGGGAGCAGGCCUUCCCCUGCGUGCAGUGUGGGGAGGGGUUUUGCCCCAAGGUGACUCUGCUCCGGCCGCAGCAUGGCCCCACCACCGAGGCUCCUGCUGGCUGCGCUGCAGGCUUCAGCCCCGGCCCACACCUCCUGGGGCACCUGGGGGUGCAGCCUGUCCUCGGGGACGGCACGGCCCCCACACCGCCCACCCCCGGAGCGGAGAAGCCCUUCAUCUGCAAUCAGUGUGGCAACAGCUUUGGCCUGUGGAUCUCCUUGGUUGCUCACCAGAAGACUCACGUGGGGCAGAAGUCCUACCAGUGCCCCGAGCACGACAAGAGCUCUGGAGAUGAGCUGUCCACCAAAUCUCCCCCAGAGAAAGACAUGGAGGGGAGAGCCUGGCUGUGCCCCGAGUGUGGGAGAAGUUUCGUGCAGUAUGAGCGUUUGGUGAAGCACCGCCAGAACCACCGGGGCCGGGGUCCUUAUCGCUGCGACGUCUGCGGGAAGAGGUUCAGCCUGAAGACCAACCUGGUGACUCACCAGCGCAUCCACACCGGCGAGCGGCCCUUCACCUGCGGCGUCUGCGGCCGCCGCUUCAACCAGAAGGGCAACCUGGUGACGCAUUACCGCACGCACACCGGCGAGCGGCCCUUCGCCUGCACCCAGUGCGGCAAGCGCUUCGCCCAGAAGCCCAACCUCAUCGCCCACCAGAAGACCCACUCGGGCAGGCAGCCCUUCACUUGCCUGGAGUGCCCCAAGCGCUUCAAGAGCAAGCUCUCCCUCCGGGUCCACCAGCGCGUGCACGUGGUGGAGCGGCCCCAGAGCGAGCCGGGCCCCGGCCAGACCCCGCCCAGCCUGCAGAGCCACCCCGGCAGCCCGUACCCCUGCUCGCUCUGCGGGGAGUCCUUUGAGGAGCACGGCGAGCUGCAGCUGCACCGGCAGGGCCACGCUGGCGAGCGGCCGCACGCCUGCGCCGAGUGCGGCAAGCGCUUCCGGCAGAAGGUGAACCUGGCUGUGCACCAGAGGACCCACACCGGGGAGCGGCCCUUCCACUGUGCCGAGUGCGGGAAGGGCUUCAGCCAGAAGGCUCACCUCCUCCGGCACCGCCGGACGCACACCGGUGGUGUGCCGCCCUCCUGCUGCGAGGGGACCUGCCCGGCACACCGCGACGAGCCGGACGCCAGCGCUGCCCUGGGGAAGGGACCCGCGCCGCCUGGCGCGCUGCUGCCGCCCUGCUCCCGUGGAGCCGUGCAGGGAUCGCUGCCGCGGGAGGAGCUCCGGCCGGGAGCGCAGCCCGGCCCAAACAGAGCAGAGAGCCCAUCCGGGGCCGCAGACAUCCUUCUGCAGCUGAUGCAGGAAGAGCAGCACCUGGUGUCUGGCUCGCAGCACCCACAGGAGGCGCCCGCUGGGCAGUGCCCCUGCAAGUGCUCCGAGGGCGGGGAAGGGUUGGGUGGGAAGCCCAGCCUGCAGCCGCAGUGCUGCUGCGCCGACUGCGUGACCCAGAGGCAGCUGCUGCUGAAGCCCCAGCAUGACUGCCGUGCUGAGAUCUGGUGCAAGUACGGCGGCUGUGGAAGAAGCUUUGAGGACAAGAGAGUCCUGAGAGUGCCUGAGAGAGCGCACAGCGAAGAGAAAGCCUCGCCGUGCCCGAGCUGCUUGUAACGCGCCCGCUGCCACGCGCCCACCCAAGCGAGGGACCGCACCUUGUUGCUCUUGCGGCAGGGACACCAAACCUGGCUCGGUGGGAGCUCAUGCCAGGAGCCAACUGCUGACCGACUGCGGACCUGUAAGAGUCUGAGGCAGGGCAGGCUGCGCGUCCCAGCCUGCGGGGCUCGGGAGGACUGUGGUGGUUCUUGUGAACAGGACACUUGCGAGUGAAGCACCCUGGAGGUGGGGUGUGAGAUGCAGCAGGUUGGUCACGAGGCAGUGGAUGGACUUGGACACAACGCGCGAGCUUUCUGUGUUUUGAACAUACCAAAUUGUAAGGCGGGUGGAGCUGAGGAGCAGCAGGUGCCGGAUCAUGGGUCUGCAGCGCUUCUGCCAGCACCUGUCUGUGAAGAGUUGGAUUGUGCGGGGUGGGGAGGAGCUCGGGAUCCUGCAUGCUGACUUAAGGAUCGCUUCUGCCGUGCAGGAGGCCGGGCAGAGGCAUGUCUGCUGGGGCCUGGCUCCAGGCUGAGCGUUGCAGUCCUGCAACAUGCAGACCUGGCGUGGGGCACAGAGGGGCCUUGGUGGGCUGGGAGCUUCCGCCGGAGCCCUCUGCCCUCAGCAUCCAGACUGACGUCCCUCCACAAAAAGGCUGAGGGCCGGAGAGCUGUGCCCCGCUAUUGGCUGCCCACCAGCGUGGGCAGAGGAGCAGCUUCGCUGGGGAUGAGCGAGCUGCAGAGGGCAGCGACGGGUCCCUUCCUGCCUCGAGGACCCUGGAGGAUCACAGCUAAGUAUCUCCUCCGAGCCGGGAGGGGUAAUACAGGGUGAAUAUGGGGGGUGGGGAUGGGGAAUGUAGCUUCCGCUUCUGUACUUGCUCUAUGGAUAACCUUUCUGAGUAGCGCCUCUUUCUGGUACUCACCUAACUUCUGCAUAGAUAACCAGGAGUGCCGGGCAGCGGUGUCUGCACUGCCCACAGCUGCGCCCGUGCUGGUGGGCGAGCAGUGUGGAGCUGUCUGGCUGGGGCAGGGCUGUGGGGCAGAGCUUUAGGGAUGGGAGCUGCUGGCCUGGAAGCUGUUCCCGCUUGGAAACGCGCUUCGCAUAAAAGGGGAAGCAAAUCUCGCCUGCUGUGCCCAGAGGGCCCGGCUUGCCGCUGCUCCCCUCGCGCUGUGAGCCGUGCAGCCCCAGCCCUAGCAGCACGCCCCUAUCGCUUCGCUCAGCUGCAGAGCCUCCUUGCUACCAUGGUUUGGCAAAGACCUUCGCUGAGGACAUGCGGGUGCUGUCGGCGGUGCCCGGCGCGAUCCUGGGUGCGCUCUGCCUGCCGCCUGCUCCCUGUGUUGUGGGGGCACGGUGUGAGGGAGGCUGCUUGCUGUGCAGUGAGCAAGCGCCUCGCCGGCUGCCCAGCACAGAGGUGGGGUCUCCGUUCCUGGGGAUGUCCAACACCCAGAGGGACGCAGCCUGGGGCAGCGGCGCGGUGGCCCUGAUGGGCAGCGAUGGAGCAGGCCGUAACCAGAGCUGCUCAGCCCCAGGACUUGGAGCGGCCAGGAGGGCACACCGGGACGGCCCCGCUGGACCUGCGUGCUGGGUAAGGAUGUUUUCUGUUAGCAGAGUGCCCGGCUGGUGGCACGGCCACGCGAGGGAUGGUGGCAUCCUGGCGUGGGGUCCCUGGCUCCAUCCUCAGGCAGGGAGUGGGCAUUGCUCCCUGCAGCGCUCAGCCCCGCUCACCCAGCAUCACGCUCCAGCGACGUUUCAGGUCCUUGCAACUCUAUUUUUUUGAGGUUAUUUAAAAUAAAAGCUUACUCACAGCA